AUGUCCAGUUCUCAUCUCACAUGGAAAAAGGAACCCCGCGUCACGUCGAAGCUGAAUCGGGCCACUCGGGCCCUCAGGAAGCCUGAGGCCGGCGGCAUAAUCCGGACCAUCGUGCGGGCAGGCCAGGCCUGGGCUGGGUCCGGGCCCCCACUAGGUCCCAUCCUGGGUCAGAGAGGUGUUUCCAUCAACCAGUUCUGCAAGGAGUUCAACGAGAAGACAAAGGACAUCAAAGAAGGCAUUCCUUUGCCCACCAAGAUUUUUGUGAAGCCUGACAGGACAUUUGAAAUCAAAAUUGGACAACCUACUGUUUCCUACUUUCUGAAAGCAGCUGCUGGGAUUGAGAAGGGGGCCCGGCAGACAGGGAAGGAAGUGGCAGGUCUGGUGACCUUGAAGCAUGUGUACGAGAUCGCCCGAGUUAAAGCCCAGGACGAGGCCUUCGCCCUGCAGGAUGCGCCCCUGUCCUCUGUGGUUCGAUCCAUCAUUGGCUCUGCCCGUUCCCUGGGCAUUCGUGUGGUGAAGGACCUCAGUUCAGAAAAGCUGUACCAAAGGGGCAGAAGGGAGGCGACACCAAGCUGA